CGUGGCCUCGGCCCGUUUGCUCGCACUUUUGCAGCUCUGUCUAAUCGCCCCCCCCACACCGCCACGUCCCACACUCACACACAGUCUCACACACGCACCGUGUGUUGUUUUCUUGGCCGGUGCGCGACAGUCCGCCUGGUAUUAGCAGCCCAAGCCAGGCGCGGGAGCAGAAGCUCGGAGCAGCAGGAUCCAAAGGACGAGGGACAUACUUGUUGAGAGCGCGGCGUCCACUUGGCAGGACGGCGAUGCUGCGUACGAUGGCCCGGCGCCUGGGAAGCCUCUCGUCAAGGCGCAUCAUGGGGCCGGUGACCUGCAGCAGAGCCGCGCUGUCCUCCCACGGACAAGAAGCGUCACCGCCGGCGGACAUGUCGCUGCCCAUGUACUGCGACCGUGUAGACACUCCGCUUCCUGACAGACCGUACCGGGAGACGCUCGGCGAGCACGAGAAGAGCCUCAAGCGGAAGGAAAAGGGCCCCUGGACCGAGCUCUCCAAGGAGGAGAAAAUUGCCCUCUACAGGCUGAUGUUCAGGAAGACCUAUGCGGAGAUGAACACGUCUUCUAACGAAUGGAAGACGGUGCUGGGCGGAAUCUUCUUCUUUGUCGGCUUCACUGGCCUGGUGGUCUUCUGGCAGAGGCGCUUCGUGUUCCCUCCGAGGCCUCGAACCUUCGAGGACGAGUGGCAAGCCAAGCAGGUGAAGCGGAUGCUGGACAUGCGGAUCAACCCGAUCGAAGGCGUCUCCUCCAAGUGGGACUACGAGAAGAACCGGUGGAAGUAGAGUGGGUGGGGGGGGGUGCCAUCCAGCAUCCUUAGUGUAAGUCAAGAUCAGCUCUCCUGCACAGUAAUCCAGAGUAUUUGUUCAAAGAUCUCUAAUCGGCUCCAUCACUCGCUUCCCGUACUUGGCAUUAAAUAUCAUACGUAACUCGUAUAGCGAGCACAUAUUCGUAUUCACGCGCGCACACGUAUUCGUUUAGCAGACAAUGAAUGACAAAUACAACGAGAUGCGCCACAUCACGUACGUCUACAGGUACUCCGCGCUGAACUUUACUUCGUUGUCCUUCUACGCCGAUCGGAGGUGUAUAUGAGUCCUCCUAGAGCAGGGGAUAUCCUUCGCUGCAGUUUCCACCUCAAAAACGGAGUCACCGCCUUGAACGAAGUGCAGAAGCAGCAAAAAUCACAGGGGAUUUGAGAGAUUAAAGGAGGCCCAAGCGCCGGCUUUAUGUCGCUGCUUCUGAAACGAACCGUGGGAAAUGUUCUGGGUCGACGACCGGGAUUUAUCGGCGUCUUUUACCAAUUUAGCGAGAGCUCUUUUUCAAAGUCCUUCCGUGUGUUUCCACGAACAGCCGUUUAAUCGCGUCGCAUCCUGUUUGCAUAGCUCGCUUCCUAAUCGUGUCCGGAGGCAGAGAAACCUUCCUACGAGUUGGUGGGGGCAUUUGGAGACGUGAAAUAUAAGGGUCGCUUGUCAACAACGGGAGGAACAGGUGACACUUCUGAGAAGGACGGGACUUCCCCCCCCAUCCACCAUCCACCCAUCCACCCGAAACCCCGCAAAAGACCCGUGGGCUGCGGGACUUGAAAAAUUUCUAGUAAGUGAAUUUAAUAAGAAACGCGUACAGACUGACGUGAAUUCCGAACUUCUAAAAUAAAGCUCCGCGUCAGAAUUACAGGUUAUAAUUCACCUGGUUUCACGCACCGAGCGAGAGGACGGAUGAGGUUACGGUGGUUGUCGGUGAUACUUAGGUAUUACUAGGUCAGAUGGCGAUGUGGUAUUUUGAACUACAGUAAAGAGGACCUUUACACUUAAUGCCUUAGCAUGUAAUAUUAAUUCAAAUUUUUAUUUGCUUUCAUAGAAGGGAGGCUGUAAAAGCUCAAGUGUGAAUAUUUAAAGAUCCUCCAUUAACAGAGAGCCCCUGGCCCCCUGCAGAAAAACAUUUUACAUUUUGCCUUAAAUGAUAUGUCAAAUUAAAAUAACUCAAUUUUGGCUGUGUGUGUGUUUUUUCUUUUUUUUUAAAGUGUUUUCUUGUUCUAGAAUUCAGAAACGACAAAAGGCAAAUCAUUAUGUCAUCGUUCACACUUUCUUGCCUUUUCCCCUCCACGUCCACGGUUUGCACAUGAUCCUCCGAAAAAGCGCAAGACGGAUCAAAGCUCAAAGGCCAGAAGCAGAAUGAUUUCUUCACUUUGCGCAAACAUGUGGAGAUUCGCGGCCAAAGCAGCACUGGGGAAAAAAACAAUUACACGCAAAGUACGUGACAGCGGUGCACGAUAAGCCUGUAUAAUAAAGUUCCCAUGAAGCACGAGAGCGGUCGGCUCACGUUCCAGAAGGGGCCCUGCUGUUGGACCCUCGAUCGACGUGAAAAGCGGAACCGAUCCGGUGACGAUAUCCAGCUGUUCAUUUUGCUAGUAAA